UCUUGAUUUUUUAAUAUAUUGGCCACGGUUGGAAUCAGGGUGGGAACUCGCGCACCGGCUGGGCGUAGAAUCACAAUGAUAAAUUUGUGUAAUUCCAAAAUGUGCAUCUCAGAAAUAGUCUGUGUUUAUUGGUGUUAAUCCUGUAAAACGCGGUUUGAGUCGAAAAACGCAAUUGAUUUAAACUGCAGAAUUUUUUUUUUAAGUUUAACAUAGAUUGACCCCUUUUCUCUGUAUGGCGAUCAACAGGUAAAUUCUUUGAACACUAAGCUUGACGCGGAAUUUUCCGUUUGCCCGAUUUUACGGAUCUAGCCUAAAAACUCGUGAACUCCGAAAAAAUCUUGAAUCGCCCAUGACUUUCAGUGAGCAAGGGUCCUGUUUCAUACAACUAGAGAGAGUCUUUCUUCGAAAAAUUAGUAGAGAGAGGCUAAGCAAUGAAUUAUUGAUAAACAUUGCCGGUGCUCUUUUGACGAUAGCAAAUAAACUGGAUCACGAUCAAUUCUUUGCCGACAUGAAGUUAGAAGCGUUUCUUACUUGGCAUACAAAAGGACAACAACUCUCAUCGAAAACUUUUCCAUCCACGAAGCCUAGUGCAGCGAUGCUAAGCUUGAGAUUUGAGGUCUAUGUUUUCAAAUUUCGCUAAGAUUUUUCAUUUACAAGACUCCAAGAUGCGCACACCGUUAAUAUGUUUUCUGCUCCUCGUUUGUCUGUUGGUGAUGGAAGCAAAAUCCAUAUCAGUUAAAAAAGAACACAAAACCGACGCCAAGGAACUUGAAGAAGCAUUGAAAGAUUUGAGAGAGUCAGAACUAAACCUCCAUAGGGGUCGUGCAAAAGAAAAUUAUCAGGAGCAAUUGAAAGCGCUUACUGAGGAAGAAUCUGACGCCCAAAGUGGAAAUGGUGAGCUCAGACCCGAGGAUUAUUAGCCAGCGACUAUGAACCGAGAUUGGAGAAUGUACAAAUAUAUAACAAAAGAGAUUUUAGUUACUCGUCAAAUAUACUUUUUUCUUCAAUUUUUCUUUUAUCCUCUUUUUUUUUUUCAACAAACGCCGCCCCGUACACGACAUGACGGAUUACUUAUAUUUCUAUACACCGGAAGUCCGGCUCAAUAUUUCUAAUGGAAAGUGAAGUACUUCAUCAGCAAGCCCCUUUGCUAGUUCAAGUUUGGUACUAAGAAUGAAACUCUGUUGGCCAAGAGUCUCAGGGAUGCUAUACUUCUUGGUCAUAUUUUCUUAUUUAUGCAUCUCUCUUAGAUUCAAAUAUUGAACGUGAAAGUAAUACAACUCAGCAUAGCUCAAUAUCAUUCAUCAUCGUUAUUGUUUUCUUCUCAUAAGCGAUCUUGCAGCCGUCUCGGGCAUAUUUUGAAGCUAAAGCCCAGCAAGUAGAUUGAUUGAUUUUAUCGUACUUUUUUUGCAUAGCUGUCUCAAUAAAGCUUAUUCAGGGUAGAAAUUCA